UUUUUAUGUGCAGAAGUCGUUUGUUUUUCUUCAUAGGUCUUUCUUGAACUCAAUCAUUUAUUUUCAGAUACUUGAUUUGUAAUUGAAAUAUUAAAAUCCAACUGUAUUUUUCAAGAAAGAAAUGUAAGAAACCAUCAAAACUGUGCUAAUAAAUACAUAUUCUUCAUCAUUUUUUAUUUUCAGGAGUGAUCCAGCGGCAACGACAGUAUCAACAAAUAUCGAUCAUUUAUCGCUUGAAUCGAAUGGGAACGACGCGACAGUAACAACAAACUAUAGUCCAAAGAAGCCGUUUGCACCUCAUGCGUUUGUAUUAGUUGAGCGAGUAAAAUCGUCUGUGCGUAAUAUAUUAGAUGAUUCAAUUAAACUCCAAGAUAGUGAACAUUUAUUUAUUUUAUAUGAUGAACUUGUUCUGUUAAAUCAAAUUAUUACAGCAGCAUAUUCAGACAUGUUUAGUUCCCGUAAAUUGAUCGAACUAAUGAAUUUUACCAAAUUUUCUACGGAUCAAAUAUUAACUAAACUAAAUGAAUUGAAAGCAAACGAUUGUGUUGUACUCAUUCAAUCUCAACAAUUUCGUUUCAAUGACUAUCAUAUUCGAUUGGAAUUAUUUAAACGUAAAAUAAAAAUUAUUGAACAUGUUCAUUUAGAUAUUAUUAAAUUAGACGAAUAUGAAAAUUAUGUAGAAAGUCUAGUAUUUAGCCCGGUGAAAUAUCAUGAUUUAGCAUACGGACUAAAAUCGAUUGUUGAUCAAUGUCAACAUAUUCAAGUUGUUUGUAUGGACGGAAGUGAAUGUUAUUAUGAAGGAGGAAUGAACGAAUGUAAACUGAAUAUUGGAGAUUAUGAGGGAAUGUCGGAUGUGGGUGGAACUUAUCCAAUUGGUGAAGUGUUUACUGAAGCCAAAGAUUUGUUAAAAAUGAAUGGUAAUCUAACCAUAUGGUCUUAUCCAUCAUUAGAAAAUACUGUAGAAGUUCCACCUCAACCGAUCAAAUUAACAAUAAAAAAUGGUCAAUUAGAAUUUAAUCCGACUAAUAAUGAGCCACAAAAUUGUACCGAAACAUUUAAUAAAUUAUUAACACUCAUUAAAGAUGGUGAAGGUGAUAUUUGCGUUAGAAAAUUUGGAUUAGGAUUAAAUGAGGGUAUGGGAAAACACGCCAUUGUCCAAGAUAUAUUUGCAUUCGAACGACAACAUGGCAUGCAUAUAUCACUUGGUAAGAAGCAUAAUGUUUCUAAAGCAGCUACGAUUAAAAAAAAAGAGACUCAGUUUCAUAUUAAUGUAUUUGUUGAUGUUAAAACAAUUACAGUUGAUGAUACAAUUAUUUUUGACAACGGAAAAUACCUCUUGGAAAAUUUAUGCGAAAAAAAGUAG